AGCAGACGGCGGCGCUCACGUCAAAGAGCACAGAAUCUAGCUCAGCUCAUGUGACGCAGCCGCAAAAAAAGGAAGUGCUGAAGCAGGAAAUGCGGCGCUGGGCUCUGAGUGGAUCUGCAGUUUCUCUGAUCCUGAACGCUUUACUAGGAAGGAUGUCGUGGGCUCUCCAGGAGCCGCUGGUGAUCUGGGAGUCUGCAGAUCUGCUGGCGUACCUGCACCCGUCUCCAUGGACACCAGGGGUCGCUGUGCUCACCUGUAGGAGCCCCUGCGCCGGCAGCCUCUUCCACCUGCCUGAGGACCUGUUCCUGCGUCUGCUGCUGGGGGCCAGAUCAGUGUCCCGCCGGCUGUGUGCGGGUCUGUCGGUGCAGCGCUGCGCUCUGGUGCACACACCGCAGAAACAUGGCAACACACAGCUGCUGAUCGUCCCUCUGCACGGCCUGAGCGCAGACUGGAGACCUCACCUGGCUGCAGAGGAAGAGUUUAAUGAGUUUGACCCCGGGUACAUCAGCUCUAAGAGCGGCCCGCGCUGGACUGAUGAUGAUUUGGAGGCGGUGAAGAACCGGAUAUGUAAACCGAGCGCCCAGCAGAACUACACAUUCCUAGGCGAUCCGUCUGACGACGGGCUGUUCCCGCGUAUAAUCCGCGGAGAAGCGCAGCAGUGGAGAGUGUGGGAGGAUGAUGAGCACGUAGCGUUCCUCACGCCGUUUCCCAACUCUCCAGGCCUCACCGUUUUAGUUCCCCGUCGUCCGCUCAGCAGCGAUGUGCUCAGCCUGCAGGUGGAGGAGUAUAAGCAGAUGGUGCUGGCAACCAGAGAGGUGUCCUGCCUGCUGGAGGCGGGGCUUGGAGCAUGGGGGGUGGGGCUUAUCUUUGAGGGCUUUGAGAUCGAUUACGCUCACGCUAAGCUGAUUCCGCUGGUGUGUGCGGAUGACGGAGCGCAGAUGAGCCUCUGCUCUUCACCUCCAGAGCUUUUCCAGAAAUAUCCGGGUUUCGUGACGUCGCUUAGUGGACCGGCGGCCAGCAGGGGGAGCCUGAAUGAGAUCCAUGACAGAAUCACACACACAGCAUCUGUGGACUGCAACGACUAGGGUUACGAUGGUGUCAGAUGUUGUUGCAAUACGGCAGGGGUCAUCAAUCUCGUUCCUGGAGGUCCCUGCAGAGUUUAUCUCCAACUGGCCUCAACACACCUGCCUGGAUGUUUCAAGUAUACCUAGUAAGAGCUUGAUUAGCUUGUUCAGGUGUGUUUGAUUAAGGUUGGAGCUAAAAUCUGCAGGA